UUAUCUCACCUACACAGGUGUCAGGCUGAUUCACAGGGGCCCAUCUGGAUUAAUCUACUUGGAAUGCAGAUCCUCUAACAUUUUGGCAGGACAUAUUUUUUCUCUAUCACAUCACAAGUACAUCACCAGAUGUGGAAAGAAACAUUCAGAAAAAGACUGCAGUAGACUGAUCGGAAAAAUUAUUACCUCCUCCAAAGAAAAGCGAAAGGUUCUAUUUGAAGGAUCUCAUGACAAAUUACGGUAACGAGGGAUUGUUCAACCCUGCCUACCAUGACAGUGAGACUCUGGAAAUCGAUAAAAGGUCUUCUAGCAGAAACCACCAUACGAAUCCUUAUGCCGGGGACAACUCAGCUAGCUGGGGGGAAAGAGCUGGGUUCACAGAAAGUACGACUCGAGGAGCACCGAGGAGUGGCUGGCAAGAAGAGAGCUGGAAGGAAAGGGAAAGCAUCCCCAUGGGUCACAUGACCUCCCAACCAGGGGGUUUUUCAAGGCAGCGGAACCUCAAUCACAGCAGAUUUCAAAUUGAUCCUGACUCUCAAUAUGAUCAGUCGCUACCUGUUCAACAUCGUUCUUCAAUGUCAGGCAACAUGACAAUGAGAUGGAGAGGAAUGAGAAGGAUGAGCAUGUUUCCAAAUGCAGAUCCUGCCCAUUUAGCUAUCACAGAGGAUGCCAUCAGGAGUGAAAUGGAAAACGAGGAACAAAACCUGGUCAAGGAACUUGUUAGUCUGUCGACACGAGAACAAAUUCAGGCCAUCCGGAACCUUCCAAUGAGCUUUGAAGAGAAGAAACAUAUCAGGAACCAAGUACUGGUAUUCAAGACUUUCAAGAAAUCUCGACAGUUCACAUGUUUUGCCGAUUGCUCUGAAAAUAUGUCACUGUCUUUACGAAGGUGUGGCUACAGUAUAAGAUCAGCCAGGCAAACACUGGAACUGUGGCAAGGCAUCAUGAAAGAGAUUGGGGGCAAGUUCGGCUCCAGUGUUCUCACCUAUUUCGUGUUCCUCAAGUGGCUUCUCAUUUUUAACAUUUUCUCCUUCCUGGUCAACUUUGGCUUCAUCACCAUCCCGCAUCUUAUUGUUGACCCUUCACCCCACUUACCCCCAAAUGUGAAAUUCAGUGGACUAGAGUUAUUGACAGGAGCUGGUUUCUUCAACUAUACUGUCAUGUACUAUGGCGUCUACAGUACCGGUAAUACAACUCUGGAAGGGUACGACAGGCAGCUGGCAUACUUCUUUACCACUUCUCUCUACAUGGUACUGUGUGGAAUCGUACUUAUUUUCAGCAUGACAAGCUCUUUCAAGAAAAACUAUGUACUAGCAGACCCAGCUUCAAACAGUGCCUGGCAGCUUCUGUGCAGCUGGGAUUUUACUGUAACCAAUGAAAGAGCAGUGAGACGGCGCAAGAACAACCUCCGUGUCCAACUUAAGGAGUCUUUAUCAGAGAAAGCCCAGGGGAAGAUGCUAACACUUUCUGAAAAGCUCAAGCAUUACGGUGUUCAUGUUGGAUCCUGGUUACUGUCUACCAGUUUGGCUGUUGGUUGUGGAGCCAGCAUCUUCUAUCUCUGCAAACAUGAAGAGAAGCAGGUGACGGAUGAUACCAGCUGGUCUCUGGAGCAGGAAGCAAAGACUCUCUUGGUUCCUUUUGUGGUGUCUCUGAUGAAUCUGGUCAUUCCACUCAUCUUCUCCCUCUUCAAUAAGUUUGAAAACUACUCCAGCCAACGCAGACAGAUUUAUGCCUUAGUAGCUAGAAAUGUCUUCCUCAGGAUGUCCAUUCUGGCAGUUUUGUGUUAUUAUUGGAUUUAUUUAGUGCCUCCAAAGUUUUUGUGUUGGGAGUCGGUGGUAGGCCAGGCUUUGUAUCGCUUGGUCGUUUUUGAUUUCUUUUUCCAGAUCUUGGGAUCCUUCUUUGGCGAGUUUCUCAGCAAUGUGAUUGGGACAAAAUUAUAUCCAGCCCUAGGAGUGCCAGAGUUCGAUGUAGCCAGAAAUGUCCUCGAGCUCAUCUAUGCUCAGACUUUGGCCUGGAUUGGAAUCUACUUUUCUCCUCUACUACCAGCCAUUCAGAUCCUCAAGUUCUUCAUCAUAUUUUACUUAAAAAAGAUCAGUCUGACCCACAACUGCCAGCCUCCACGGCGAUCCGGCAGGGCAGCUCAGAUGCAAACCAUUUUCAUCUUUCUGCUGUUCUUCCCUUUCUUUGUGGGAGCUCUUUCUGUGGUUGCAUACACGUCCUGGAGUCUGAUACCUUCAGAGCACUGUGGACCUUUCCGAGGACUCAAUAAUACCUUCAGUGUGGUUGGAAACUGGAUGGAUCGUCUGGAAGAAAGUCACUGGGUUGUGUGGAUCUACGAAAAUGUUAUCAGGAGUGAAAUCUUCUACUUUCUUCUCACCCUCAUUAUCCUAGUCAUCAUAAACAUCUUCUGGCAACUUACUAAAGGACGCAAGGAGCUUAUUGCCAUUCUAAAACAACAGAUUGUUAAUGAGGGAAAAGACAAGUCUUUCUUGUUAGACAAGCUACAGAACCUCCAGAAAUCUAACCCAAAGAGAAAUCCUGAUCAGAGAAAACAAAAAGGGCUUGCAAAUCGACAUUCAGAUGACCACCACUCCAGAAAUAAGUCCAACUCAAAUGCAAUGUUUCAAGCUUUACUCGCUCGCCAGCACGCUGAGGAAGAGGAGGUACCACACAGGACCGGUGGAGCAUCUGUUCCCUCUGGCAUUUCCACCUCCAGUGCUCUGAAGCAGGCCAUGUUGGCCCGCGAGGAAGCUCAAAGACAAGAGGAAGAUUUGUAUCAGAAGCCUAAUUAUCACCCUUCCUCCUUCAAUGCACUUCCACAGGCCAUGGCAGCCAGGCAGAGAGCUGAGGAUGAAGAAAUUGAUGAAUACAGCAGUGCAACUGGUUUUUAUGAAAAUCCUUUAAAUAAAUCCAGUGCUGUCACACAGGCCAUGCAAGCCAGACUGCAAGCAGAGGAGGAUGAAGAAGAUGAUUCAUAUGACCAUCCCUCGCCAGUGUCAGAUGUCAUGAUUCAAGUCAUGCAAGCCAGGCAGCGAGCGGAGGAAGAGGACAGGAGGGAGUGGGUCCCUGCUCCACCACCAAACCCACUUCCGUCCAGCUCCAAUGCUCUCAUCCAAGCCAUGCUGGCCCGGCAGCAGGCCCAGAAUGAAUAUGAUGAUGGUUACUGAACAAAGAGCUUAUCUUUGCACAGGGUGAAGAUAAUAAUGGCAAAAUGUUUUUAUCUACGUGAGAUUAUAGUGUUAAUAAAUGAAUGAGUCAAACAGUGUUAGGGUGAAGAACACACAUGAAAAAGACAUCUGAAGGAAUAUUUAAGGCUAAAUCACACUUUGUGUGGCUGAUUAUAAGGAAUUUGAAUGAUCUCAGAGAUGUUGUUUUUUUUUCAGAGUGCAACAACCUCAGUCCUGUUAUACAAAAAAAAUAAAAUAAAAUUUAAAAAAAUUCCUACAGCAGAAAGUGCA